AACAGCCAAUACCGUCAAAGUCAACAAACAUCACCACUGCUUUUCCUUUCAUAAUAUUCAUUAUUUACUGUAUAAUCAUUAGUCAUUACUCAUUCGGUGGUUCAAUUCGCCGUGUUGUCGCGCAUUGCGCAAUAACAAUUAGUUAUUAUUAUUUUUUUUUUUUUGUACAUAUUAUAUUGUAAGUUAUUUUAACAUAGCGUUACCCUUUGGGUCACUUAUACACUGUAUAGUACAUUUAAUUAACCUGUAGUAAUUUAACACCGAAUUAGUGUAAUACCUCUAACAUAAUCGUGUAAUUUAUUAUUUAAUAAUAAAUAAAUUGUGAUAAACAUUCACCUAAGUAGGCAAUCUGAUUAAAGUUUGAUUUUAUUCAUUCUACAAACGAUAUUUCCACUUUUUAUUUACGCUAUAAGUGAAGUCAAUUGUUUUGCUGUCAUCACAACUGUCAAAAUGGGUAUAACUAAGAGGCCUGCUAGCAAUUGCAGUGAUGAAAUACUUGCAGUCGAUAUAGAUGAACUUGUUGAUAAUACGGUUUACUCUACUUCCAACUCUGAUACCAGUGAUGAAUCAGACUAUGAAAUGAUGAUACCGCCACCCGUAACCAUAAUUGAUUAUUCAGCAUUCUACAGAGAUCUCUGCCCUGAAUUAAGGAUUUCCUACAAUAAUGAUAACUCAGAUGCUGAUAAUAAACCUGUAUCACAUAAGAAAAAAAAUAUUUCUCAAAUGGGACGCAAGAAAGCAAAUCGUGCACAAAAUGAAAAUUUUCUUCUAUCUUUGAGUGAUGAACUUGAAGAUGAUAUAUUUUGUAAUGACAACAAAAAUGGAUUCACCAAAGCAAUCAACAGGCUUUCGACUCGGCCCGACUUGAAAGAAUCAUUUAUUGAAGGAAAUGAUGAGCUUGUACUAACAAAACGUAACAAAGGUUCUGCUGCCGAAAAUAAUGCUGAAAAAAAGUCAAAACGAAGCAUUCGCCCAGAUUUGGCAUUUAAAAAUCUGACUACAUCACAAAAAUCCCUCUUCAAACAGAAAAGUUUACCUUUUGCUGCUAUAGAUCAUUUGGAAACCGAGGUUGUCCGAUAUUUCUCGCUUGUACCGAAAGGCAUUUACACAUCAGCACCAUUGCCAAGUUACAACAGAAUGCUGCUGCAUAGUAUUGUCCGUUACUAUUCUUUGGAUGCCAUGAGUGUAAAUAGCCGUGGUCGACGUGCCCAGAAAAUUGUACAAGUACGCAACAGUCGUUUUGACGAUUUUAAACCACCUCGUAUGAGCCUGUUAAAAUACAUAUCAAGUCUUAAUAACAAUUGUUAAAUAACAAAUUGCCAUCAUCAUUGGAUCCAAUAAAUAUUUGCUAAUAGGCGUUUUUCGUUCAGCUUAUUAUAAUAUAAUAUAUUAUAUGAGUUUUAUAUCUUGUUUUCUUGCAUAAUUUUCACGUUUGUUAUAUUUAUUAAAUUAUAAUUUAUAACUUUAGAUAUAUUUGAGUAGCAUGUAUAUGAUUU